GGGGUGGGCGGCCCGGUCGGUCCGUCCGUCCACCGUCGGGCGGGCUCCGGACACACUGCGGUCGCCUCCGCGGCGGCCCCUCCGGUCCCUGGGAGUGUGGGCAGGGCUGCCGGGGGCUUCCGUGGGCUUGGCCUCUCUCCCGGGAGGAAAAGCAGGGGGAAGCCCCCGGCGCCCGCCGGACCCCAACGCUGCGGGCUGAGCACGGCCGGGCGGGGCGCUGCGCCGAGCCUGUCGCCUGCCGUGUCCGGAGAGGCGCGGGCCCCAGCCACAGACCGAAGGGCCCCACCCUGCCGGGCGUGGGCGACUGCCGGCCAGGGGCCUCGCGGCGGCGGCGGCCUGCAGCACCCAGUCCCGGGGAAUGCAGUGGCCCCCGACCCCUGGCGCCUCUCGGUGUCUCGGCUGGGCCUCCUCGCUCGCUUGCUCCGUGGCCUCGACGCUCCCGGGCCGCGGCGGCCCAGCCCCCCUCAUGGCCGCGAAGUGGUUCAAGGAGUUCCCGCUGACCCUCAAGACGGCGUCGGAGCGGGCCAGGCCCGGGGGCGGGGGCGGCGGCAAGUUGCGCAAGAACUCGGAGGCGGGCGGCGCGGCGCCCACCCCGGCCAAGGGCCGCAAGAACUCGGCGGCUGAGCUGGGGAGCGCCAGGGCCAGCGGCGGGCCCCCCAAAGACAGCCGGCUGUCCCGGGACAGCCUGCAGGGUCUGAUACAGGCUGCGGCCGGUAAGGGCCGCAAGAACUCCCGGGCCACCGAGGAGGAGCCCCACCGGGGCGCAGCCAAGAGCUCGGGCUGCAGCACCUACAUUAACAGGCUCAUCAAGGUGGACACUCAAGAGAAGAAUGGCAAGAGCGGCUAUCCCGGCGGCGGUGGCAGCAGCAGCUCCGGGAGCUCAAGCAGCUCCUCUUCCUCUGCAUCCUCUUCCCCUUCCUCCCUGGGUCCCGAGCUGGACAAGGGCAAGAUGAUGAAGCAGCAGGACACGGUCAUCAUUUUAGAAGACUAUGCUGACCCUUAUGAUGCGAAACGGACAAAAGGCCAAAGAGAUGCAGAGAGAGUAGGUGAGAAUGAUGGCUACAUGGAGCCCUACGAUGCACAGCAAAUGAUAACAGAAAUCCGACGCCGAGGUUCCAAAGACCCGCUGGUAAAGGCUCUCCAGCUGCUGGAUGGUCCAUGUGAGCCAGGAGAGAGUGGAAAGGUAGAGGCUGCUGCCAAGAGACGCAAUUCCAAGGAUCUUCUGGGGAAGCAGCCACAGCUCUAUGACACCCCCUAUGAGCCCCCGGAGGGUGGUCCAUGGGCAGCAGAGACGAAGGUGCGACCAGCAGACAGCAGGCUACCAGAGGACGAUGAUCGACCAGCAGCUGAAUAUGAGCAGCCCUGGGAGUGGAAGAGGGAGCAGAUUGCCCGUGCCCUGUCAGUCCAGUUUGAAGGAUCUGAGCGACCUCCCAGCAAGGAGGAGACAGUGAGGCAGCACCACCGGCAGAAGAGCUGGACCCAGAAGAUCUUGAAGCCAAGCCUGUCAGACCACGGCGAGGGCGAGAAGGUGGACCCAGGUCUUCCCCUGGAAAAGCAGCCUUGGUAUCAUGGCACCAUUACUCGGGCUGAGGCUGAGAGCCGACUGCAACCCUGCAAAGAAGCUGGUUAUCUGGUCCGAAAUAGUGAGUCAGGGAACAGCAGGUACUCCAUUGCACUGAAGACUAGUCAAGGAUGUGUCCACAUCAUAGUGGCUCAGACGAAAGACAACAAAUACACACUGAAUCAGACGAGUGCUGUGUUUGACAGCAUCCCUGAAGUGGUAUACUAUUAUUCCAGUGAAAAAUUGCCCUUCAAAGGGGCAGAACACAUGACCCUACUCUACCCUGUGCACAAGCUUCACUAAGAUUCAGCCAUUGAGAGCCCUGGCACCUAAGAGGACAGCAACACCCAGCCAGCAUUUCGGUGGACAAGGGGCUCUUCUGCCUGCUGCAGUGUGUGAGUUGUCAUCUAGAAGUCAGGCAGUCUGUGGACUUGAAUCCAUCCCUCGACACUCGGUUUCUGAUCUGUUCUUUCCCUGCUUGCCGAGUAGCUAUACUAUAAGAAAGUGUAACGUACUUGUUGCCUCCUUCCUGGAGUAGGGAGUUCUGUUUGGGCUGUGACCCUCAGGAAAGGUAAGUCUGGCGUAGAGGAGCACUGAAGUUCUCCAGCAGUACUGGCUGUUCUCUAGAGCGCCUGGUCUCUCCAAACAGCAGACCACUUGGCACAUGGGGUUUUGUACACUGGCAGAAUGUGCAUUGCAAGCCCCUGUGGGGAAGUGGAUGCACAGUGAAAGUGCCAACAGUAGACAAGAAAGGUGUUUUCUUCCUCCAAUGUCCUGAUGCAGCUCUGGCCUGUGUGACUUUUACGUUAGGGUUUGGCCAAAGGAUUAUUUUGUUGGUCAGCCUUUCUAAGAAAAGUCUUUGCUUUCUCAGUCUCUACGGACUUUCUCAUCGUUUUUCAUCAAAUCAGUAAUACAAGCAAAAGCCAGAUGGAAGAUGUCCCUGAUAGAAGAAUUACCAAUCUAAUUAAGCAGUGUCAUCCUUCUUAUAAUUUUGAAUUACAGAAUAAAAUAUGCCCCCAAGAUUUUAUUUCUGAUUUUUUUAUUCUAAAAAUCUACAGAACUCAACAACUGUUUUGUUACUGGAUAGUUACAUAGAACUUCACACCUUUGUUUUCUGUGCAUUAUAGGUGCCAUGGAAUCACCUUUACGUUUUCUCUCUAAAAUUAGAUUUGCUUAGUAUUUUUUAUAAACAACUUUGGGAAUCCAAUUAUAUGAACUGAGUCACUAGUCUGGAACGAUUUUCCCCUUCUGUACAGGGCAUACCAAUUUGCACCAUACAGAAGUAUUUUAAAAGACAUCAAGCUUGUCUCUGCUGCUCUUUAUGAUAUUAUGUCAUUAUAUUUUUUUCUUUGUGAUUUAUUAUGAACUUAUAUUGCCGAUUUAUUUAUUAUGAAAAAGCCCAUGGAAAUGGCAAACUGUGAGAAGAUGCUGUGGCAAGUGGUCUGUAAUUAGAACUGGAUGCUUCCUGCUCUGGAGUUUAUAAAUUGGUUCUCAAAAGUAGUCCUGAGGCAAAUGUGCUGUCUGCCCUCAAUGGAAAGUUAACUUUUACAGCUUUCUUCAAAUAGGCAAAAACUAAUUUGGGUGAUUUUUUUUUUUUAAAGGAAGAUCCCUAUCUACUUAGCAGUUAUCAUUUGACUAUUAUAACUUAAGAGGUUAGUAAGAUUUUUGGUUCUUUUGGGGUCAAAUGGUUGUGGGAUCUUUUGUUUUAAAAAGUUGGAAGGAACUUUUUCUCAUUGGAGCUCAAGGACUUUAUUAAUCAAGGCUAUUUUGUUUUCAAAGUAUUAAUAGAUUUGUUUUGGAUCAUAUAGCUAUCUUAGUACAAGGAUUUUUCUUUUUUAUUUCCAGCAUCCAUAGUUCCAAUUCCAUUCAACAAAUAUUUAUUAUCUUUUAUAUGUGCAUUAUUCACUGUGUUAAACUUAUUUUUAGUUCAUCAUUCUAGUAGUGAAGCCUUAUUUAACCUAAUCUGCAAAGGAAAUAGAGCAGUUAUCUUUAACAAAUGCUGCAAGCUUUGUAAACUUUUUCUUGGUGUAUGUCAUGAUUUUGGGCCCACACCCAGCAACUCUGAUGACUAUGUGAUAAAAUAGCAUUUGAAAGCAGGCCUGAUGUGUUGUCUUUAAAGACUGAGCUUCUGCCGUAUGCCCAGGGUUGUGCUUCCUUCAUAUAUUUUCUGUGGAAGUCAUGCUAUUUUUUUUUUACAGGAUUGAAAAUAGAGGAAAUGCAGAAUUUAUAUAUAGUCCAGUUACUUCACAGUAGAGUAGGAGGUUAUAAAAAGCAGAAACAUGGUAAAUUAGUGGAAGGCCAGUGAGGGAAUGUGUUAAAGCUACUAUUUCUUCUUAGGUUGUGACACAAGCUGACAAAAGCCAGGGAAUUCACAGCUGGGUGGUGGCACAAAAUGCCACAUGUUCUAAAAACAAUUAGGCCCAGUAGGGUGUCCCCAGUGGCUUGUUAAGCCUGGGCCAGCUGAUCUGAAGCUGUGAGGUAUGUUCUCUGAACUGAGCUUUGAAUGCUUGGACUUCUUGUCAUUUUUAUCUUAAUAAAAGUAUUUUUCUGUAAUCUUCAUUUUUGGGGUUAAUUCUGUCUCCCAGAA